AUGGCCCUCUCUUGCAGAUACGCAGCCCAGAGCUGCGCCCGUCAGCUCCGUGUCUCCGGCUCGCUCCGUGCCUCGACAGCCCUCUUCCAGACCCGAACUCCCGCAACCGCACGAAGAUACAACUCGACCGAGGCCGCUGCCCCCACAAACCCCAAGAUCGCCGCCAUUGUCGACCAGAUUAGCACCCUUACCCUUCUCGAGACGGCAGACCUCGUUUCAAGCUUGAAGUCCAAGCUGAAUAUUCCCGAUCUCCCCGUCGGUGGCUUCGCCGCUGCCCCCGCAGCGGCCCCCGCUGCUGUUGAGGAGGCGGAGGAGGCCGCACCGGCGGCCGCCGAGAAGAGCGUCUUCAACAUCAAGCUUCAGGCCUUUGACGCCGGCUCGAAGCCCAAGGUCAUCAAGGAGAUCAAGAACCUGUUGGGUCUGAGCUUGGUGGACAGCAAGAAGUUCGUCGAGAGCGCGCCGAAGCUGAUGAAGGAGAACGUGGCCAAGGACGAGGCCGAGAAGAUUAUCGCCGCGAUGAAGGAGCUUGGCGCCACCGUCACCAUGGAGUAA